AUGAAAACCAAGGUUGGAAUUAUCGGCGGAUCGGGACUUGAAGACCCGCAAAUUCUUGAAAAUGCUCGUCAGAUCGAAAUGGAGACACCAUUCGGGAAACCAAGUGAUGUACUCAUUGAAGGUGAAAUUGGCGGUGUCCCUUGUGUGUUGAUCUCUCGACACGGUCGAAAUCAUGAUAUUAUGCCAACGAAUGUAAAUUAUCGAGCGAAUCUUUGGGCAUUGAUGGAAUUGAAUGUCACAGUGAUCAUCGCCUCAACAGCGUGCGGUUCACUGAAAGAAGAAGUAGCUCCAGGACAUCUCGUCUUUCCGAAUUCGAUUUUUGAUCGAACCCAUCGACGUAUUCAAACGUUUUUUGAUGGAGAGGAAGGACAUCCAAAAGGAGUCAUUCAUCUACCAUCAGAUCCUGUUUACGAUGAGAAAUUGAGACAAUUGUUGAUCGGUUGUGCUCGCGAUCUUGGCUACACAUAUCAUGAUCGCGGUUUUGGCGUUUGCAUCGAGGGACCACGAUAUUCGACAAAAGCUGAAUCGCUUGUUUUCAAAAGUUGGGAUGCCACUUUGGUCUCGAUGACUUUAGUUCCUGAGGGUUUAUUGGCGAAAGAGCUCGGAAUUCCGUAUGCAAACGUGACCUUAGUGACUGAUUACGAUUGUUGGAAAGAUGGAGAUCAUGUGACAAUGGAGAGUGUGAUGGAGACUUUUGCCGAGAAUUCUCACAAAGCUUUAGCGCUUUUCAUGCGCGCUGUCGUUCAGAUUGGAGAGAUUGAUUGGAGUGAUCAAGUUCGAGCGGCUAAGAAAUUGGCUCGCGAUGCGGUGAUGGUGGGAAAAGAUGUGAAAAUCGAGCAUUUAGAUCCGGGAAAGUAUUUUUCG